AUGUCCACCAGUCACCCUGCACCUCUACCUCCAUCCCGUGAUUUCAUGACAUCUCUCUUCAACAGUCUUACUUCUCCCACCUCUUCUCCUACUUCUCCAAUACAAAUCUCCAAUACUAGUACAGAUUCAAACACAAACACUACAUCAGCUUCCAUCUCACACACACAGAGAUUUGCAAAGGAGAAUGAGACAGACAAUCAAAACCACAAUCCAUUAAAGCAAAUAGAUGCGCAGAAAAAAGCAUUGUUGAUGACGCUACAUGUGAUCUUUCCUCCGCCGUUGCUAUUGCACGCGUUGGAUUUAUUGGAUAGAGGGGGAGUGGGGAGGGUAAUUUUGGAGGAGGGGGAUGUAGAAGAAGGAGAUGGUAAGAGGGAGGGGGGAGGGGAUAGAAGGGAUGGAGAGAGAAGGGUUAUAGGGGAAAUUUUUAGUGGCGCAGGAAAGCAAGAGGUAGAGGGUGGCGGGAAUGUAGGAGUCGAAAACACAGGAGUAGGAGAGACAGUUAUCGACGCCUCGCUCUCCCCCAAAACAAAGCCCAAAACACUCUACCAAGUGCGCUCCUCUCAACCCCCCAAAUGGCACUCCUCACGCUCCACAUCCACAUCCGGAGCAGCAACAGGAACAGGAACAGGUCAUACAACUGCUGAAAAUACAUACACUGUGCAUCUCGACGCUUGGAACUGUAGCUGUGCCGCUUUUGCAUUUUCUGCUUUUCCUGCUUCUUCUUCUUCCUCCUCCUCUUCUACUUAUCCAUUGCUAUCCACUUCUACCUUGUCAACUUCUUAUUUUCCAUGGGGCUUGGAGCGCUCCCCAGAUGAAGAAUCUUCAAUGUCAGUGGAGAAGGGAAAAAAAGAGGAGGGAGAGGAAGAAAAGUGGCGAUAUGGAGGCUGGACGAAAACAUCUCAAGUACCGAUUUGUAAACAUUUGUUGGCGUGUUUGUUGGUGGAGAGAUGGGGUGAUGUGCUAGGGAUGUAUGUACGAGAGAGGGUUGUGGGGAGGGACGAAAUGGGUGGGCUGGUUGUUUGA